UUGUAUCGAGUCAUUUCUUCAUCAGACACACAGCGCAGUUCGUUAUUAGCGUGCUGAAAAUGGCCUCGCCUUCUUCAUUUUCAAAGGCCAUUUUGACUUUGGCUUGCGUCGUGCUCCUUAUGGGGGGCACGCGUGCUCAACUUUCGACUGACUUCUACGCCAAAACUUGCCCCAAGCUCUUCCCGACGGUGAAGAAAAUCGUGCGCGCAGCGAUUGCCAACGAGACCCGGAUGGGCGCCUCGCUUCUCCGCUUGUUCUUCCAUGAUUGCUUCGUCAAUGGUUGUGACGGAUCGAAUCUCUUGGACGACACACCUACAUUCACUGGAGAGAAGAAUGCAAUGCCAAACCAAAAUUCCUUGCGAGGGUUCGAUGUCGUGGACAGGAUUAAGUCUGCAGUGGAGAAAGUGUGCCCCAGUAUCGUCUCGUGUGCUGAUUUGUUGGCGAUUAUUGCUCGAGACUCCGUUGGGAUACUGGGAGGGCCAAUGUGGGAUGUGAAGCUGGGAAGGAGAGAUGCAAGAACUGCGAGCCAGGCAGCAGCUAACAAUAGCAUUCCUCCGCCAACUAAUAACCUCAGCGCUCUCAUCUCCAGCUUCCAAAAUCAAGGCCUUUCUCUAAAGGACCUCGUCGCUCUAUACGGAGGGCACACAAUUGGGCAAGCAAGAUGCACAAACUUCCGGGCAAGGAUCUACAAUGAGAGCAAUCUUGACAGCUCAUUUGCCCGAGUGGCUAAGAGCAACUGCCCAAGAGUCACCGGCGUCGGUGACAACAAUCUAGCCGGGCUUGACUUCCAGAGCGCGACAUCAUUCGACAACUCCUACUAUAUCAACCUCAUCAAGAAACGAGGCCUCCUCCACUCCGACCAGCAGCUCUUCAACGGCGGGUCCACCGACUCUUUCAUCAGGACUUACGCCAAAAGCCAAAGCACCUUCUUCAAGGACUUCGUGGCCUCCAUCAUCAAAAUGGGCGACAUCAAGCCCCUCACUGGAUCCAACGGCGAGAUCAGGAAGAAAUGUAGGAGGGUUAAUUAAUUAUUGAUAAAAGAUGUUUGGUAUGUUUGGUAUGCCUAGCAUCAAUAAUCUUCGAACAUCGGAGAGGCAGAAUCUAUAAUAGUGUGGAAAGCCAAGAGAGACGCAUUCUUAUGUGCUUUAAAGCCAUUGUACUAUAGGAGGUUUAACCUUUAAGGUUAUCUCCCAUUUCAUUUUAACAGCUUGGAUAUCUGCUA